CCUCCCGAGGGGUGGGUCCGCAGCGGCGAAUUGCGCUGCCUAAAAUUCCCCUUCCCCUUCCGGCUUCCGCUUCCAAGGGGCGCGAGGGCACUGUGGGCGCCAGGCAAAUUCGGAUACAAUUAAUUGGUCGCAUCCCUGCGUUUCCUCUCUUUCCUUUGCGAUCUCUUUUUAGAUGCCGGCCCCCUCACUCUGCCACCAGAGGGAAGCGAAGCGAUGGCCGAGAAGCAGCUGAUCGUGGCCGUGGAAGGCACGGCUGCCCUAGGCCCCUACUGGUCGAUCAUACUCUCCGAUUACCUCGACAAGAUCAUCAGGUGCUUUUAUGGUAACGAGUUGACUGGACAGAAGCUUUCUGGGGCACAUCCAGAGUUUGCGUUGGUUGUCUUCAAUACUCAUGGACCUCACAGUUCUUUCAUUGUGCACCAUAGUGGUUGGACAAAAGAUUUGGAUGUUUUCUUUCAGUGGUUAUCAGGAAUACCAUUUAGUGGUGGUGGUUUUAGUGAAGCUGCAAUUGCUGAAGGUCUUGCUGAAGCAUUGAUGAUGUUCCCAUUUACUCCAAAUGUAAGCCAGAGUCAUCAAAACCUUGAAGCACAAAAGCAUUGCAUCCUUGUUGCUGCUAGCAACCCCUAUCCUCUGCCUACUCCAGUAUAUCGUCCUGCUAUCCAGAGUUUAGAGCACCCUGAGAAUGCUGAAGCACAGACAGAAGCAGGCCUUGCUGAUGCCGAGACUGUUGCAAAAUCAUUUGGACAGUGCUGUGUGUCAUUGUCGGUAAUUUCUCCUAAACAUCUUCCGAAACUGAGAUCAAUAUAUAAUGCGGGAAAACGAAACCCUCGAGCUGCUGAUCCAGCUGUGGAUCAUGUUAAAAAUCCUCAGUUCCUCGUUUUGCUUUCGGAGAGUUUUAUGGAGGCUCGGGCUGCUCUAAGCCGCCCUUUAAUUGGAAGUUUAACCUCCAAUCAAGGUGUUGUAAAGUUGGAUGGGGCUUCUGCUGCUCCUAUUCCUGGACCUUCAACUAAUAACCCUGCAGUGAAUGGAUCAAUGAUCAAUCGCCCACCAGUAACUGUUGGAAACAUCCCAACUGCAACUGUUAAAAUGGAGCCAACUACUGUGUCCUCUAUGGUAUCUGGACCUGCCUUUCCCCAUAUGCAAUCAAUUUCUAAUGUUGCCACUCAGGGAGUGGGAAACUUGCAAAAUUCUGCCCCAUCUCCCACUUCACAGGAGAUGGGUGCAAAUAGUGAUGGUGUGCAGGAAAUUAAACCUUUAAUAAAUCCUAUUUCACAGUCACUACGUCCUGUUGGUCCAACACCGGCAAAUGUUAGCAUUUUAAACAAUCUUUCUCAACACCGCCAAAUGAUGACCUCUGCCUCUAUAGCAGGAGCAAGUUCUAUAGGACUUCAAACAAUGGGUGCGACACCUAUGGCAAUGCAUAUGUCAAAUAUGAUAUCUACCGGAAUGGUAUCAUCUGCAAUGUCAGGGAUUACAUCAGUAGCUGGAUCAGGGCCAUUGAUGGCUACUGCACAAGUUGCACAAAAUUCAGCCCUUGGUUCAUUUGCAUCUGCCACAUCCAAUAUGUCAGGAAAUUCAAAUAUUGGCAUUUCACCUGCUUUGGCUAAUCUACAAGGCAACAUUGGUAUGGGCACAUCAGUACCUGGUGUGGGACAAGGAAAUCUAGCAUCAAGUACGCAAAUUGGGCAAGGAGGGAUUAGCAUGAACCAGAACACAAUGAACAAUCUUGGGCCCACCGGUAUCUCCUCUGGACCUGGGACAAUGAUUCCUACACCAGGAAUGUCUCAGCAAGCAGGUUUACAUUCUCUUGGGGUGACCAAUAAUUCUACGAUGAACAUGCCUGUGUCACAACAUCCUUCUAAUGUUCAACAAGCUCAGUCCAAGUAUGUCAAAAUUUGGGAGGGAUCUUUGUCUGGACAGAGGCAAGGACAACCAGUAUUCAUUUGUAAACUUGAAGGUUACAGGAAUGCAUCAGCAUCAGAAACGCUUGCAGCUGAUUGGCCACAAACAAUGCAAAUUGUUCGUCUCAUAGCCCAAGAGCAUAUGAGUAACAAACAAUAUGGUGGCAAAGUAGAUUAUUUGGUAUUUCGGACACUAAAUCAGCAUGGAUUCCUUGGGCAGCUGCAAGAAAAAAAGCUUUGUGCAGUCAUCCAGCUGCCUUCACAAACCUUGCUUCUGUCAGUCUCGGACAAAGCUGGCCGCUUGAUCGGAGUGCUCUUUCCUGGGGAUAUGGUUGUGUUCAAACCACAGGUGCCUAGCCAGCAGCAGCAGCAGCUGCUGCUGCAACAGCAGCAACUUCAGCCACAAGCACAAUCGCAUCAGCAUCUCCAGCAGCAGAAGCUUCAACAGCAGCAGCUUCAACAACAGGCGCAUCCACAUCAGCAUCUGCAAGCGCAGCAGCUACAACAGCAGGCACAACCGCAGCAGCAGCAGAUGGUCGGAUCGGGAAUGGGCCAGUCGCAGCAGCAGAUGGUCGGAUCGGGAAUGGGCCAGCAGCAGAUGGUCGGACAGCAGCAGCAGAUGGUUGGAUCGGGAUUGGGUCAGACAUUCGUCCCCGGCCACAGCAGGUCUCAAAUCAUGACUCAAGGGAAGAUGCCCACACAAGGGCCAGGCAACAUGUCCGGAGGGGGUUUCCUACCUUAGCAAUGCACGGGAAGGAAAGAAAUUACUGGUGUGGAUAGGACGGGGGUGUUUAUAGGCUUGUAGUGUUAGGUAGGGGUGUUUAUAUGUUUGUAUCAAAGCUUAUCUGUCUAUUCCUGUUGCUGUGGGUAUCCCUUUCUGCCAAUAGGUUCCAUAAACUUGAUUGUGAAUGCAAGAUAUUAGACUUUUCCACGCUUCUUUUAUCUAGUUUAGUUAAAGCUAUUGGAAGUUAUUUUCCUCCCUUCUACGAGGACUGCAUGGUCUAUGUAUUGAAUGGGCGAACUCUGCACUAAACUAUGGUUGUAUAGCUAGUGCUUCAUUUCCUUGCA